AUGGCAGACACUCCAUCAACGAAGCGGAAGUUUCCGUCGGAGUGGUUUCAGGACAAGCUUGAGGCGAUACAAGAUGUGGAAAUGCCUGACAGUGCAAAAAAGGAUUUGGCAAGUGAAUUUUCCAAAUUUCCUGCUCACCAACUGGGCGAUUCCGAUCUCAACGACUUGGUUGGCCUUAUUCCAGCAGAAAUUUCACAUGCACGUAAGAUUGUAGCCAUGCACCUGAAACACCACAUUCGCAAAGAGCUGCAGGCUGAAGCAUCUGGUUCAACGACAGCAUUGCCGAAACCCACGGAGGCGGAGGUCGAACUGCCCGAGUUGGCGGCACUGGAGAUGAACAAACUUUUGGAUGUUUCAGGUUUCAAGCCAUUGCUGGCAUCAAACACAGAGGCGACCCGACCCAUUUUCCUGCGCAAACAUUUGCUCGAUGUGCGCGAUGUGGCUGUGGAUGUUUUGUCCGCUCCGGUUCAAGAGGAUGCCAAGCGCUUGGUCUCCCUGGUGGGAUGUCCCGGAACUGGCAAGACGUGGUGCGGUUGGUUGGUUGCCCAUGCCUUACAGAACACGAAAAAGAAGACACUGCAUGUCACCAUCAGAGGCCAGGAGGUGAUAGUGGUGUCCGAGUUCAAGAAGAAGAAGACGUAUGAAGUUGAUGAUUGGAAAUACAGCAUGUUGGGGCAAGUCCUGAACGAGAACCCGUGCGAUGUUUGCAUCAUUGAUGUGGGGGACAAGAGCCCCACCGAAUCCAAUGACAUUUUUCGUGGCGUCCGCACCAUUUUGGAAAGCAGUGCUGACCCGAAGCCCUUCCCGAAUGUCAAGUUCAUGUGCUUGGUUUCUGGACACGCGCAGGAGAAUAUCAUAGGCAAAGACAGAAGCAUUGCUGCUCAGAAGCUUGUCUUGUGGAGUUGGUCCGAAGAUGAUUUUCAAUCUUAUUUUGAGGCAAGUCAGGGUAGUGCAAACCAGCUGAAAGAGCACACCUACAGGAUUUGCGGUGGUUCGGUUCGCUUGUGGUUCAAUCCCGCACAGGACGAGGAGAACAUUUCCGAUGACGUUGAGCAACUGGAAGAGCAAGAAAUGCAAAGAUUUCUGACACCAGAUCAUCGCCCCACCUCCAACAUGAAUCACCAUCAGCACUCGCGAUUGUUGGCUUUCUUUCGCAAUCCCACCGCCUUUGCAAAUGCGGGCGAAGAUGACUUCAAGCGUGGUGUUGUGUCUGCUUACAUCGUGCCACGCUCAGACUACGUCAUUCGAAGCAUCAAGGCGCAUGAGAAGGGCAGUUUCUCCCAAUUCAAGAAGAUGUAUGAGAGGCUGUUGCCUCUGAACCCGGGCGCCGCAGGAACGCCGUUUGAGAUUCUCGUGCAUUACUUCUGGGAGGAGUGCAUCAACAAGAAGGACAACAUCCAGUUGAAGAUCACCGAUCAACACGGAUUGGAGAAGCGCACCAUCAUGGUGGACUGUUCCCUGUUGAAGCCCGUGGCUGAAUGUAAGCCUGUUGAGAGUUGGGACGACAAAGGCAAAGACGCUGUAGAUGCGAACCUGUUAGGGUAUUUUACUCCAAAAAACAAGAAGAAUUACCCCAGACUGGACAGCAUUUUGCGCUACAAGAGUGCUGAGCAGACAGAGGUUCUCGCAAUCCAGGUGAGCAUCGGGGCGACUCACCAGUAUGGAGACAAGCGCAAAAAUGCGCUGCUCGAAGCAGGACAGGAGCGACAGCUGACAAAGGCUGAGCGUCCACAUCGGAGCAACCCUUGCGUCUUGUCAAGUCAUGGCCUCACCACAACUGAGGUUGUCAAGGGAGAGCUGGAGAUCAGAAGGAAAAAGAAGGCCGAGUUGCUGACGGAGUUGAAGAAGCUGAAGUUCACGCCCAUGAGUGAACUGGAUGCCAUCAUGAAGGGCAAGACAGCUCUUGAGGAGGCAGAUGCGGCUGAGACCAAGGAGAAGGACACCCCGGACAAAACGGAGUAUGACUAUUUGCUGAACAUGAAUCUUUGGAGUUUGACGUAUGAGAAGGUCGAAGAGAUCAAGAAACAGCUCGAGACGAAGAAAGAGGAGCUGGACAUCCUGAAGGCCACCACCAUCGAAACCAUGUGGGACCGCGAUCUGGAGGCCUUGUCGUCGUCCCUGGACGACUUGGACCGCCAGGAAGACGAAGAGCUCAUCGCCGCGGCCACGGCCACGGAGGGACGCAAGCUGCAGACGGCCAAGGGCAAGGGACGUGGACGCGGCCGUGGGAAAGUGGAAGAGAAGGUAGCGCCACCGAAGCCCAGUGGAGCCAUUCCACCAGAGGUGAUUCACCGACGACGUCAAGCAGCGGCCGAGAAGGGCAAGGACAAUUUCCUGAAGAAACCGUUGUCCACGGUGGACAAGACUGAGUUUGUGCAGAAACAGGUUUGGGGUACUGGUGGCUCCAGUGGCUCCACAGGCAAAGGCAAAAAGCUGGAGACCGUGGAGCCCGUGGGUCUCACCGUGGCCGCCACGGCCACGGCGAAGCGGGCGAAGAAGGAGACACCCCGCGAGGCGGAGCCCUUGAAGGACAUCUCGGACCUUUCAGGUGCCAGUCUCCUCUCGCGUCUUCUUAACAAAUCGGGCCCCGAUUCGGGUGGCGCGGGAAGCUCCGCGGGAAGCGCCGCCGCGUCCUUCGCGGCGCGGCCGUUGGAAAGCUCCGAGGACCUGUUUUCAUACCUCAGCACACAGCCAACGGAGACGGUUGAGCUGGAUCCGAUGGACACUUCAGGCCCUUCGAGCAGAACGGCCGAAGGUGAAGCCGCGCCCAAGAAGCGACGACGUGGGAAGACCACAGUGGUUGACGAUGACGAUUAAACUCGCGGCAACAAGACGUGAACCACUGUGCAGAUGUGAUAACCAAAAGUUGC